AUGGGUGUGAUAAACAAUUUGUUGAGCCUGGUGUUACCUCCUACUGCCAUUGUCUUCCUCUCUCUGUGCUACCCAACCUAUGCUACUUUGAAGCUCUUCCUGUACCUCAUCAGCCCUAUUCUUGCUGAUGACAUGAGAGGGAAGGUUGUUCUCAUAACAGGGGCUUCUUCUGGCAUCGGGGAGCAUAUGGCAUAUCAGUAUGCGAAAAGAGGUGCACGUUUGGUUCUUAUAGCCAGGAGGGAGCAAAGCCUUCAAGAAGUUGCAGAGAAAGCACGAAGCCUUGGCUCCCCUGAUGUCAUCGUUGUUCAUGCUGAUGUAACUAGAGUCGAUGAGUGUAAAAGAUUCAUCGAUGAAACCAUCAACCAUUUCGGUCGUUUGGAUCAUCUUGUUAACAAUGCCGGAAUUGUAAGUCUAUGCAUGUUCGAAGAAGUCACCGACAUAACCAAGCUUGAACCUGUUAUGGAUGUGAACUUCUGGGGUUCGGUAUAUCCGACUUACUAUGCCAUUCCUCACCUACGAAAAGUCAGGGGAAAGAUUGUGGCAAAUGCCUCUGCUGCAGGAUGGUUGCCGACAGCCCGCAUGAGCAUCUAUAAUGCCAGUAAAGCAGCUAUGAUAAACUUCUUUGACACACUGAGGAUGGAAGUCGGACCCGAGAUUGGGAUCACCAUUGCAACUCCCGGUUGGAUAGAGUCAGAGAUGACUCGAGGGAAAUUCCUGAACAAGGAAGGAGAGAUGGUGGUCAAUGAGGAGACGAGAGAAGUUCAGGUCGGCCCAAUGCCUAUUGGGUACACACAGGGAUGCGCAGAAGCGAUAGUAAAGGGUGCUUGCAUAGGAGAUAGAAAUGUAACAGAGCCAUUCUGGUUUAGAGUGAUGUUCUGGUAUAGGCUAUUGGUCCCUGAGGUGAUGGAAUGGUGUUAUCGCUUGCUCUAUGUAACUAAACCAUGGGGAUCAAGGUACCCACCAAGCAAGAAAAUCCUGUAUGCAACAGGAGCUGAGAAGGUUCUCUACCCCACCUCAAUUCAAUCAGAAGAGACAAAGUCAGAUUAACCAGUGUUUCAAUCAAUCGCUAUGGCCACAUCAGAGGCUAGCACCUGUGAGCAAUGGUGUAAGAAGCCAUAAUUAUUCGAACCAUAGCCAUGUUCAUAAAUAAGAAUCAUCUAGGUUAGUACCACCGAGCUAUUUGUAUUUACAGCUAACUCCAGUGUUAUCAGUACAGAUAUAGUUUCCUGAACCUUUGUAGUUUCCUGAACCUUUG